AUGGAGGCUAUAGCAAAACACGAUUUCACUGCAACUGCUGAUGAUGAAUUGAGUUUUAAGAAAAACCAAGUACUCAAAAUACUUAAUAUGGAGGACGAUAUGAAUUGGUACAGGGCUGAAUUAGACGGCAAAGAAGGACUUAUCCCUAGUAACUAUAUACAAAUGAAAAGUCAUAGUUGGUACUAUGGUAGGAUCACAAGAGCAGAUGCAGAAAAACUCUUAGCAAAUAAACCUGAGGGAGGAUUUCUUAUUAGGAUCAGUGAAUCAAGCCCUGGUGAUUUUUCCUUAUCUGUAAAGUGUCCAGACGGCGUCCAACACUUCAAGGUGCUCCGCGACGCGUCCAGCAAGUUCUUCCUAUGGGUGGUCAAGUUCAACUCUCUGAACGAGCUGGUGGACUACCAUCGCACGGCAUCAGUCAGCCGCCUGCAGGAUGUCAAACUGCGAGACGUCGUGCCGGAGGAGAUGCUUGUCCAGGCGUUGUACGAUUUCACGCCGCAGGAGGCCGGCGAGCUGGAGUUCAGGCGCGGUGACGUCAUCACCGUGACCGACCGCUCCGAUCAGCACUGGUGGCAGGGCGAGAUUGCUCACCGCCGCGGCCUGUUCCCGGCCUCCUACGUGACGGCGUACCACUCA